ACCUCCUUACUUGAGUUGCAACAUCCUUCGUUGAAUUUCAACUUGAAUUCAUCAUGUCUCCUUGCGUGAACCUUUUUCACAAACUUCAAUUUCUACUUCUAUUUCACUCAUAGUAAACUAAUUAUAUUACAAUGAAUGGAAUACUUGCAUUACAUGCGAGGGAAGAGGCAUCAGCUUCAGUAAUAACCAAUGUAUUAUUCCAUUGGCAGGAUUACAGAAUGAAUCGGUUCUAUUGGUAUACAUGUCGACAUGUGCUAGCGUUUGCAAACUCCCACUAGUGGGCGUUAGUAAUCAGUAAUCAUGACUAUAUUAGAGACAAAACCAUGCAGGAUGUAAUAUCCCAAAUUUUCUGAAAUUCUAGCAUUUAAGUUGAGGACCUUUGUGCGAGGAAAUAUUAUUUUGGGGCUUAAUAGUGAAUAUUUCGAAACUUGAGGGAUUUAAAAGAGUAAAAAUUAGGAUAAAAAGGGGUAAGGCUGCUAAUUUUUCCUCAGCCACAUGGGUCAUCUUCUUCCCCGUUGUAGCCACACGAAAGAAGAAAAAAAAAAGGAACCAAGCUACCGGCAACAACCUUUGAGAAAACCGGUAGGAAGCUUGGAUAUUUCUCCUUCUUUUCUUGUUCUAGGACUGAAAUUAAACCCAGAAAUUCCCCCCCCCCCUCUGCAGAAAUCCGGAUCUGCUCUGCUCUGCUCUGCUCUGUCCGUUCGGUGGCUGCUCUUUAUUGUUGGGUGUGAUUUUUUUGGUUCUGACCCCUGAAUUUCUCCUUCAUUCCCGUCGGCUUCCCCUAGCUUGCAGCUACGGUUUUUGCUGCUGAAUUCUGGUAUGUGACAGCCAUUUUAAGCCUUAAAUUAUCCAUUAGCUGCUGAGCUUGUCCAUGAAUUACUGCCCCAUGUGCUGUCCGAAUUUUGUUGAAUUAGGCGGAUGAAUUUCGAUAGCUUUAAGUGGGGUUUUUGUUUAAUUUAAGUGGAAAUGAACUUGAGUAGUUGCUGUAAAUUUUUGGAAAAAAUAGAGUAAUCCCGUGAGUUGUUGAUUGCCAAAGCCGGUUCCUCCGUUGCGUUUUUAGCUAUAUAUAUAUAUAUAUGUGUAUUUGUGUAUAUAUAUAUCAUGGUUUUAAAACCCGGCCCGGCCCGGUCGGUUGAACCGGUUGAACCGGACCCGGGCUUAAAAACGGGCCGGUUUCAUGCAUUGGCCCGUUUUGCAAGUUGGCCCGCUUUAGCCCGCCAGACUCGCCAGACCCGCUCCAAACUCCCAACCCGUCCCACCCGCCGGGCCAUCCCUCUGCCUCAUCCCUGCUCCAUCUCCCGUGAGUUCAUCGGCAUCUCACCACAACAGUCACCACCUCAUCACCUCCGACAAAGUGGCCUGAUCUCCCUGCUCCACUUCCGUCAAGAUCUCACCAGCAGUCACAGCCUCAUCUAGACAUGGAGAAAUAAAGAAAACUCUCUGCA